AUGGAAGAAGCCCUCACCCAUUCUUCUGUGACAAAAAAAUGUUGUAAGCAGCUGGAAUUAUUGGGUUUGAAGGAGUCUGAAUACUUGGAAUAUAUGAAUGGCUGUUCAUAUGAACGCUUGGAGUUUGUGGGAGAUGCAGUUUUGGGUCAUUUGAUUACAGUUUAUUUGUACGGAACUUAUCCAGGUAUUAAACCAGGCAUUUUGACACGUUUGCGGUCUGAAAAUAUUAAAAAUGAAACUUUGGCGCGUGUUGCAGUCAAACAUGGAUUCUUUAACUACCUUCGUUUCGAAUUCCCAGAUCUACCAGAUAUGAUUGAGAAGUUCAUUCAAGCUGUAGAAAAUGAAUCAAAACCACAUCUCUCAGACCAUUCAAAAGCUCCGAAAAUUCUUGCUGAUAUGGUGGAACCUAUUGUUGGUGUUGUGUUUGUGGAUAGUGGAAAUUCUGCAAAGAAAGUUUGGGAGGUAUUUGAACCAUUGUUACAGCCCUUAGUUGGCCCAGAGACACUUGAGAUGCAUCCAGUUGCAGAGCUUCAAGAAAUUUGUCAAAGCUCUGAAGAGAAUGAGAAAGAGGACCCAAAUGUUGGGAUUGAAGGGAAGAGGAAAUCGCACAAGCUUGCCGCCUGUUAUGAGAGCGGCACGAAAGAAGAAAAGCAUGCUGCUAUUGAGACUGAAGAGGACAUUGAGGAGUGCGAUGGUGGGAAUAAGAAUUUUGAGAAGAGUGAUAAGGAGGACACGUCCAUUGGGGAUGUUGGUGUUGGUGAUUAUACAGGAAUUUUGGCUACUAUUGGCCCUCCUUUGAACUCUUAA